AUGGAUGGUGUGAUAUCGGCAUUUCAUACUGAACCGACUAAAUUGAGGCUUCACACGACAAGAUCAUGGGAUUUUAUCAACUUACUUGAAGGAAUUGGGAAUUCAAGCUCUUCAAAUGCAGAAGAAUUAUUGCAUAACGCAAAUUAUGGGAAGGAUAUCGUUGUCGGGGUCUUAGACACUGGAGGAUUUGCUAGUGGAACCGCCACUGAGAGCGUUCCACUCGUGCGCCUGGCCAUGUACAACGUAUGUUGGCCAGUUCCGGGUUACAGCCUAGCAGAAGGCAACGCAUGUCUCAAUGAUGACAUUCUUGCUGCCUUUGACGAUGCCAUCAAGGAUGGUGUUCGAGUAAUCAGUGUUUCAAUCGGUCCAUCGACUAGUAGGCAGUACAAAGAAGAUGGAAUCGCAAUCGGCGAAACGAGAUAUUGUAGUAGCAUGCAGUGCAGGCAAUUCGGGCCCUUCCUUGUCUUCAGGCAAUAG